UUUCUGAGCUUCUUGAUGAAAAAAAAUGGCUUUGAUCAAUAUUCCCACUGGUCACAUACAGGAUAGGAAAACACUUUCAAUCGAGAGAAAGUCAUUGAUGCUCAAAGAUUACCUCAGAGACGAUCUGAGUUCUUGCUCUUCUAGUGGUUUCAAAUCGUUUCCACGCCGCCAGUGUUGCACCACCGUUCGGUUUCUUCUCGAGACCGACUCGAAGAGAUCUAAUCACAAUUACUCAACUUCUACUAGACGGUUUUUAAAAAGAAGUCGAUCGAGGCCAGCAGUUUCCACUUCCACCACCAUUUCCACUCUGCAAAGAGCAUCGGAGGCUGUACUUAACGCCGUCAAGCUACUGCCUUUUCCAUCCACCAAGUCAUCUUCGUCGUCGGUGCAAAGCAGUAGUUGGAGGAAAGGAAAAGGGGAUUUACCCAGGAGCUUUGCAAGGAAGCUCUUCAAAAGAAGAUUAUGGAGAAAAGCUGACAAGGAAUAUAAUCAUGGACGUGGUGAGAUCAAACGCUGGAAAUUGUUUCGUGAAUUUCUUGAAGAGAAAAACCAACCGUCUGUUCAUAUUAAUAUGACCAGUUAUACCACCACCGACACCUCCUCCAGUACUGUUGUUGCUACGAGCAGAAGCAGUAACAGAUGGGCAGAUAGUGAAUUUACAGCGAAGGUUUUACGGUCUCCGAGCAGUAACUCCGAGAGCUUGGGUGGUGGCGACGCUGUUUCGAGUAAAAUAAAUUUACGGGAGAAGAACAUUGUCAGCAAAAUGGUAGGCGUAACAGGUGGUGAGGAUUCCAUCAAGGAAUUGGAACAGAAUCGGGCAAACGACGAAACAAAGCAACAGUUGAGUCCAGUGUCGGUUCUAGAUUGCCCUUUCGAUGGAGAAGAAGAAGACGAUGGGUCUGUUUUCGAAGAUCAGUUGGCCCGAGUGGAAGGAACCAAACAAAGACUCAUGCAAAAGAUCAUAAGGUUCGAGAGGCUGGCUCAGCUGGAGCCACUGGAAUUGGAGAAACGAAUCUCAUCGGCAGAGCUUGAAGAUGAACCAAACCUUCAGAUAUCAGUUGAGCUAUCGAAAGUCAAAAUCCCAGAUUUGUUCGUAAGGGAGAGAUUACUGGUGGAAGAGUAUGGGGUCAACAUAUUGAAGAAAGAAUGGAAACAAGUUCAUGUUAAAGAGAUGGGGGAGUGGAUUAAGUUUAAUGUAGAAAAGGAAGAGGUUGGAUCAGCGCUACAACUUGAGCUUUUCGCUUCGCUGCUGGAUGACUUGUUAAUUGAUCUCAUUUCACAUUAG